UCUGUGGUUUGUUUACUCGGCGCAUGUUUAGGUUAUUUUUUAAAUUUCAAAUAAAAAGGUUAUUUUAAGAGGUUAUUUAAAUCACUAAUACUUAGCUUAGUAUUUUAUUGAAAAAUACAAUGUGGACUACAAAAACAUUUUUGACAAAAACAAAACGUGGGAAUAUAUUAAAGGUAGUCCGAGAGCAUUAUUUACGAGAUGACCUACUAUGUGGAUCAAAUGCUUGUAAUGUAUGCCCACAUAAAGACGAUGAAUAUGUGUUGGAUUCAAUACCUGAGUCAAUAUGUGCUCUUUUUGACUUUCCACACUAUUUAUUACUUGACACAAAUGUGGUUCUCCAUCAAAUUGAUGUGCUUGAAGAAGAUGCAUUGAAAAAUGUAAUAAUUCUGCAAACAGUACUUGAGGAGGUCAAACAUCAAAAUACAGCUAUAUUUCAAAGGCUUCUUGAAAUUAUUCAUGAUAAAAAAAGAAAAUUCUAUUCAUUUGUUAAUGAACAUCAUAAAGAUACAUAUGUAGAGCGUAGCCCUGGUGAAAAACAAAAUGAUAGAAAUGAUAGAGCUAUAAGGAAAGCAGUUACUUGGUAUACUUCUCAUUUGUCCAUAAAUAAUGUUUCUGGACAAUUUCCACAAAUAAUUCUAUUGACCGACGAUGAAAAUAAUAGGAAGAUUGCACAAGAGGAAGGGAUUAUAUGCUGUUCAGUUAAAGAUUAUGUUGAAAAUGUGAAUGGUUUUGUUGGUCUCGUUGAUAAACUCUCUAAGAAUGUUAUACCUGAGAGCUGUUCUAAAGAUGCUUUGUAUCCUGCUCACCUGACUCCAACACAAAUACACACAGGAAUUCGUAAUGGAAAGCUGUAUCAGGGUACAUUUCAUGCUUCUAGAGACAAUUUCCUUGAAGGAACAGUUUCUGUUAAUGGCUUUGAAAAACCUAUUCUUUUGCAAGGUCACAUUGGUAUAAACAGAGCCGUUGAUGGCGACACUGUUGCUAUUGAAGUAUUUCCCAAAGAAGAAUGGCGAAGACCAAGUGAUAUAGUACUUGAAGAUAAGGCUGACGAUCCUGGUGAUUUGCUGGAAGAAGAAUCUGUUCUGCUGAGCUCAGCUAAACCAGCAGAUAAUAGCAAAGACGAGAUAACUCCGACUGGAAAAGUUGUAGGCAUUAUUAGGCGCAAAUGGAGACAGUACUGUGGAAUAUUGCUGCCUAGUAAAUUUCCAGGUGCUACUCGUCAUUUAUUCACACCGGCUGAGAAGCGCAUACCGCGUGUUCGAAUCGAGACGCGUCAAAGUGACAUACUUUCAUCUCAACGGAUACUAGUUGCGCUAGAUUCCUGGCCUAGAAACAGCAGAUAUCCUCUAGGGCAUUUCGUCAGAGCCCUAGGACAAAUAGGUGACAAAGAUGCUGAAAAUGAAGUGAUACUUCUAGAACAUGAUGUGCCUCAUGCCAGAUUUAGUGAAGCAGUUUUGGCUUGUUUACCGCCCAACGAUUGGACUAUCCCUGAAGAAGAAAUAAAAAAACGUGUAGACCUCCGUUCUGUAUGCAUCUGUUCCGUUGACCCUCCGGGCUGUACCGAUAUCGAUGACGCGUUGCACGCCCGUCCAAUAGAGGGCGUUACUACCGACGGAUUGAAGAAGUACGAGGUGGGCGUCCAUAUUGCUGACGUCACAUAUUUCGUCCGCCCCAACACGGCUUUGGAUAAAGAAGCGGCUUCUAGGUCUACUACUGUUUAUUUGGUGGAUAGGCGAAUCGAUAUGGUGCCUGAUUUACUGAGUUCUAAUUUGUGUUCGCUUCGCGGGGGAGAGGAGAGGUUGGCAUUUUCAUGCGUCUGGGAAAUCGACGAGAAUGCGAAUGUUUUAUUUACAAAGUUCCAUAAAAGCGUUAUAAAGUCGGCAGCAGCAAUGACUUAUGAAGAGGCACAAAAUGCGAUCGACGACGAGUCAAGAAAGGAUGUUAUAGUGCAAUCUCUGCGUACUCUGAAUAUGCUGGCGAAGAAACUCAAACAGAAACGCCUCGACAAUGGCGCCUUGUUGCUUGCCUCGCCAGAAAUACGGUUUCAGGUUGAUUCUGAGACGCACGAUCCCGUGGAAGUUCAGGCGAAGAAGAUAAUGGACACAAAUUCUAUGGUGGAAGAGUUCAUGUUACUAGCUAACGUUAGUGUGGCGGAGAAGUUGGCGGAGGAAUUUCCGCAGUGCGCACUUUUACGACGUCAUCCCGCCCCUCCGCCCGCUAACUUCACCACUUUUCUGAAAGCUACUACCCAGCAGGGUUUCGAAAUCGACGUAUCCACAAACAAAUCAUUCUCGAAAUCUUUGGACGAAGCUGUGUUGCCAGAUCGUCCAUUUUUCAAUACGUUGUUGCGCAUCAUGGCGACGCGUUGUAUGCAACAAGCCGUAUACUUCUCCAGCGGAACACUCUCGCAUCCAGAAUAUUAUCACUACGGAUUGGCAUGCCCUAUUUACACACAUUUCACUUCGCCUAUAAGACGUUAUGCGGACGUGAUCGUGCAUCGUUUACUGGCAGCGUGUAUAGGCGAGGAUGUAACUCACGCGUCGCUAUUGGACACGAAGCAAGCGGACGCAAUCUGCGACAAUCUCAACUACAGGCACAGGCAAGCGCAGUAUGCGGGCCGAGCGUCUGUAGCUCUCAAUACGCACAUUCUUUUCAAGAAUCGUGUCGAAAUAGAGUCGGCAGUAGUGUUGUCGGUUAAGCGGAACGCUCUACAAGUACUUAUACCGAAGUAUGGACUCGAAGGACCAUUGUACUUGCCAUCUGAAAAAUUCACUUAUAAUGAAGAGGAACAUUACCAGAUAUGCGGCGACGUCACUUUAAAAACCUUCGACGAGUUGACAGUUCGAUUGUCGUUAGACAGCACCAACCUACAACAUCGCAAGUUAGUUUUUGAACUAGUCAAACCGCAUGUGCCAGGUUUUAGUUAUGAACCGGAACAAAUGGAAGUGGAAACGAUAACUCCAGAUCAAGAGGUGAAGGAGACACCGAUCAAGAAGAGGAAAGAGACAAAAGAUAGUAAAGCUAAGAAAAAGUCUAAAAAACAAUAA